AUGGUUGACUCUACCUUUCGCUCCCUCCCUCUAUCUUCCCAUCUCUCCGUCUCCCCCUCUCUCACCAUCUCUCUCCCUUUCUGUCCCACUUUUUCUAUCUAUCUGUCUCCCCCUCUAUCACCUCUAUAUUUCCCCCUUCUUACCCUCUCCCUCUCUGUACGUCUCUCUCUGUGUCUCCCUCUCUCUCUAGCACCUUUCUAUUUAUCCCUCUCUAUCCAUUCUUCCACAUCCCUCUACAUCUCUGACCCUCUCUCUCUCUCGCUUUCUCCUAUCUCUAAGCAUUUCCGCCUCCUUUCCACAUCCCUUCUCCUCUCUCUCCCAUUCCCACUAUCUCCCUCUCUUCCUCCCCCCGCCGUCCACAUCCCCCUUUCUCUCAUAAACGCAUUAAUUUGCAUCUAUUCUACAUACAAUAUCGAUAAAAUAUUCAAGCUGUCACCUUUCUUUCUUUCUUUCUUUCUUUCUUUCUUUUUUUCUCAUAAGUAUAUGUUUUUAAUACUAUCGUUUUCAUUUCUCUUUCCCGUCGUCACUUUUGCAAAUUUAAAAUGUUUUCUUUUUCUUUUUCUUUCCUUUUCUUUUCUUUUGUUUCUUUUCUUUCUGUUUGUUUUCUUUUUCGGGUUAUCUGAUUCAUUCUUUGUUUGUUUUUUUCUGUCUCUCUUUCUUUUUUCGUUCUUUCUUCUUUCUUUCUUUCUCUCUUUUUCCCUUUGCUAUCGCUUUCUUUCUUUCUUUCUUUCUUUCUUUCUUUCUUUCUUUCUUUCUUUCUUUCUUUCUAUUUCUUUCUUUCUUUCUUACUUUCUUUCUUUCUUUCAUUCGUUCUUUCUUUCUUUCUUUUUUAAACCCGUUAAAUAUUUUAUUUUUAAUAUUGUCCGUUCACUGCACUGUCGUUCUGAAUUCAUUUCUUUCUUUCUUUCUUUCUUUCUUUCUUUCUUUCUUUCUUUCUUUCUUUCGCCUAUAUAUUUUGUUUUCACACCAUCCUUUUCAUCCUUCUUCCUUUCCUUUUUCUUUGUUUCUUUUUUUCUUUGUGUGCUUGAUUUAUUAAUUCUUUCUUUCUUGUUUUCUUUCUUUCAAAAAUCCUUUAACUAUUUAACUUUUAAUAUUAUCCUUUCACCUCACUCUCAAUCUCGCUUUCUUUCUUUUUUUUCUUUCUUUCUUUCUUUCUUUCUUUCUUUUGUUUUUAUACUAUCCUUUUCAUUUUUCUUUUUCUUUCUUUCUCUCUUGUUUUUGUUUGCUAGAUUGACUGAUUCUUUCUUUCUUUCUUUCUUUCUUUUUUUCUUUCUUAUUUUCCUUAUAUUAUUAAUACUAUCCUUUCACCGCUUCUCUUUCUUUCUUUCUUUCUUUCUUUUUUCCAUCUUUCUUUCUUUCUUUCCAUAUAUUAUUAAUACUAUCCUUUCACCGCAUUCUCACUCUUUCUUUCUUUUUUCUAUCUUUCUUUCUUUUUUCCAUCUUUCUUUCUUUCUUUCCAUAUAUAUUAUUAAUACUAUCCUUUCACCGCGUUCUCUUUCUUUCAUUCUUUCUUUCUUUCUUUUUUCCAUCUUUCUUUCUUUCCAUAUAUUAUUAAUACUAUCUUUUCACCGCGUUCUCCUCUUUCUUUCUUUCUUUCUUUCUUUUUUUUCCAUCUUUCUUUCUUUCUUUCCAUAUAUUAUUAAUACUAUCUUUUCACCGCGUUCUCACUCUUUUCUUUCUUUCUUUCUUUUCUUUUUUCCAUCUUUCUUUCUUUCCAUAUAUUAUUAA